GACACGAAGUACUCUAAAGACACUCAGUUCUGUUUAUUAUGUUUCUUUCCAGUAACCAAUCACGAUUAAGCGCGGAUAAACCCCAAAGGGUUUAGACCAAUCGGAAACCUUGAUUUUAAAAUUGAACUUCUUUGUCUGUGAGGUGCUGGGUCGACUGCUAACGUAUUGAAGAUCGUGUUUUAACUGUUAAUUUUAUGAUUUAGAGUUAAGUUUACUAGGGUACAGUACAAUGGAUCUUUACUUAAUCAAUGGGCAUGAUGGUAUCUCAUUACCUGAAAUGAUUGACUGGGAUAUUAAAUUGUGUGAUUCUGAAAUAAGUGAAGAGGUUGGAAUAAGCAAUUUUGUGGGUGUGGGUUAUGACUUACCAUCACUAGAAAUAGAAGAAGAAGCAAAUCCUUUAUGGACACAAUCAUACUCAGCAAAUUCCAACUCUAGUUUUGAACUAGAUUUUCUUGGAGAAGGAGGAUCUUCUCUAAUGGUAAAUCCUAGCAGUGUAAUGCCUUUUGUAUCAAGCCAUAGAAGUGGUCCAAAAAUCAAUGAUAAUGAUGAGGAAACUACUGAGGAGAAAAACAAUGACGAUAAUAUAUCUUUCACUACACCAAUAAAGAGUGAACUGAACAGCUCAAAUGAUAAUUUAUCUAAAGUAGAAAUUGUUGAUCAUGUGGAUGUGGAGGAAGAAGAGGAACUAGAAGAAGAGGGCACAGAAGUUAAGGUUAAUGUUGAAGAGAUUUGUGAACAGACUGUAACGUUUGAUCACUCUAAAAAUGUACAAGAAAUCAUUAGUCUUCCAUUCGAAUUUGUCAGUGUUAAUAACGUGGACAAGAAUGUCAUUGAGGUAACACAAUCGAAAAAGAUGAUUUCGCAUAAGCGACAUGUUGUCCCAUGUGUUGAUGAUGGACCAGUAAAAUCAUACCCUAAACCAGCUUAUUCUUAUUCAUGUCUUAUUGCAAUGGCAUUAAAGAAUUCACUGACAGGAAGUCUUCCAGUCUCAGAAAUCUACAGUUUUAUGUGCCAUCAUUUCCCAUAUUUCAAAACAGCUCCAAAUGGAUGGAAGAAUUCAGUGCGACAUAAUCUCUCACUCAAUAAAUGUUUUGAAAAAAUUGAAAAACCACCAGGCAAUGGUGCAAGUGGUUCACAAAGGAAAGGUUGUCUUUGGGCUAUGAAUCCUGCAAAGAUAAUGAAAAUGGAUGAAGAAGUUGCAAAGUGGUCAAGAAAAGAUCCAUCAGCAAUUAAAAAAGCAAUGGUUUGUCCAGAUAAUCUAGAACUUCUUGAACGGGGUGAAAUGAAAGAUUUUACCGCUUUUGAAGAAGAGGAAGUUGAAGAAGAUACAGAAGAGGCCAAAGAAGAAGAGGAAGAAGAUGUUGAUGACUUUGUUGGGGAUGCAGAAGAUGAGAGAAUUUCCCCUAUUGAUGAUGAUAGUGAAGAUGAGAUGUCAAGAGUGCCUCCAUCUUUACAACCUUUUGAGCCAAAGUUUGCCCAGUUCAACAGGCAUAAGAUGAUUGCCAAAAGUAGGGAUCUUUCUGAAAAGUCCAUUGAUUUCAACAGUGAUAUAGAUUUUGAUGUAGGAGAUAACGUAUAUGAACUGGAAGUGUCCAGUAACAGAACACUGUUUGGUGUGGAUGAAUCAACCCCUGUGUACGCAGUUGAUCCUGUUGAUGACAACAUUUUAAUUGAGUUACCUAUGGUUAAGAGACCUCGUGUUCAAGGAAAUUAUAUUUAUCAACCUGUGUUAAAUAUGAAAAGACACAAUAUAAGUGGUUUUAGGUCAAUUAAGAUACAGAGUCCUUGAAUUUGAUUCAGGACUAUGUAAGAUUUCACUGUACAAAGACUGAUAAUUUGGAAACCUCUAAGUCAAUUAUCACACAGUGGUGACUAAUGACCAUGUAUUUUUGUACAAAUUGUAAUGAACCUUAAGGAUAGCAUUAUUUUUAAAGUACUUUUCAAGAAUAUUGAGUAUAGUGUUAUUGUGAUAUUACUAGUGUGAUAGUCAUGUAUGAAAAUUUAGUGUUUUAAUAUUAUUAACAAAUUUCUCUGUGUAAAAUUUAAUUUAAUAGUCAAUAAGUUAUGUCUAUGUUGUAUGAAAAAAUAUUUUUGUGUUAAGAAACAUACUGCAGUUGGUUAUUUUUAUAGAGUGAUUAUAAAAGUAUCAGUCUAUUUAGUUGCUAUUUUGUGUGAAAGACAAAGGUCAUAACAGUGAAAAUUAAUCAGACACUACAAAAAGAGCAAUUUAUUACAGGUUAUGAAAAAGCUUACAAGUUCAUAUUGAUUCAUUAAUUUCUUUAUUUAAAAUAAAAGCUUACAGAAAGUUUUAAAAGUUACUAGAAAAUUUAUAUUUUAUUAUACUUUGAAUCACUUUCUAUUUAAAAAAAAAUUGUUUUUGCUUUGCAGAGUUUUUGGAUAGUCCUGUAUUUUUUUAAUAUGCGGCUCGUAUUUUAUUGUUCCUACUGAAAUAUCACCUGUAAUAUAUAGUGACUGUAAAAACUAUAACUAUAUCAUCUACUCUAUACAACAACUUUUAAAAGCUCAUUUACAAUUUUAACAAUUUAGUGAAUAUAAUGAAAAAUGAUAACUAAUUUAAGCGCUCCAUUGAGUUCUGGGUAUAAACAAUUACUUUAAAAAAAAAAAACACUUCAUAUUCAGGAAGACAGGAUUUCCAUUUCCAUGUUUACUGUACUUAAUGGAGUGAGCAGUUAACAAGAAAUUAGAGUAGAGGUGUGCAGAGGGGGGUAGAUGCAUUCCCCACAGUUAUUGUGCAACAUAUAGUUAUACCUAGCUUGCAACAAAUGAAAGAGUCAUGCCCAAGUGUGACUUCCUUCUAGAGAUAAACCAUUGUCUCAUAAUUGAGUGUAUGCUUCAACCAGAAGGUUCGUGUGCAAUUGUGAAAAGAAGCCAAAAUAUGUGGUGAAGAUCAAGUUUUUUUAUGUAGGAAAUGAUUGAGAUCCUACAAGCAAUCAAACACGAAUCAGUUUGAAAUAGAUGAAAUUUAUUGUUAUCUGAAAAGUCUAUGCAAUAUGGGUCUUACUUUUUUUUAAUAAAAGGAGAAUAAUUCAGUAUAUAUCCUUAUAUCUGAAGGAAAAAAGAUAUCCUUAUAUCCAUGUAGCAGAGGAUCCUGAAUUGAUUUUAAUAAGGUAAAGCGGCAUUUUAAUCAAAUAGUGGAUUAUGAUAAAACAGCUACACAACUAUACCCAAAUGGGAGAUGAAGACUGAAAUUUGAAAUGAUUUUUGACUCUCUUGCUUGUUAUAAACUUGGCAACUACAUGUGGCACAAUUUCAAAUACAACCUCUGGCUGUGUCUGUCCCCUCUGUCUACUGUUUGUCUACGCAGAACUGACAUGAUCGAUUAACCCAGACAAUGUAUUGGAGUAGAAAAUCUGAUAAAAAGUUACAAGUAAAAGUAGGCAUCUCUGAUUUCUUUCGUUAUGUGGAUAAACUCUAAAAUAGAAAUUGACACUUUCCUAUCUAUUCAAAACUAUAUACACUAUAGUUAUAGAUAUAGAUACUAUAGAGAGAAAAGAGAGAAGUCAAGAUAUGCAUGUUUUAACUCACAAUUUUAAACAAACAGUAUAUGACUAAUUUAUGAAUUUAAAAUUAUAUUGGUUUCCACAGAAUGAGGAACUAUUAGAAAUAAGUCUUAAUAAUUCAAAAGAAUUAUUGGAAAUAAUAUGUGCAUUUUUUAUUCUCUAUUAUUGUCUAUCUAAAUAUUAAGCUAAAGCUUAUUGUACUUACUAGAUACUUUUAUAGUUACAAGUUAUUGUACCGGUGAAAAUAGUCAAGUUAAGGCUAAUGCUUUAAAGAGCUUUAUUUUAGUUAGGUUUUGUUUGAAUUUAUAUAAUUGACGUAUUGUAUUCUAAAAAUCACGUAUUUUAGAGAGAAAAUGUAUUUAUUAAUAUUUGAUAUAAUAUUUCUACUUAUUAGUUAGUAAGUCAUCAAAUUUAAAAAAUAAAUAAAUAUAUAGUUUAUAUUUUUUUAAUUUGGCAAGACUAGGAGAGCAUAAAAUGAUUAUUGUACACUAUUGUAAGGUAUUUUCCUGUGAAUUAGUAAUUUGUUUACUAUGUAGUUUAUGAUUUAUUAAUAAAAAAUUAAUGUUUCUCUUUUGUGCAAUAAAUUGGAAAACAAUUUUGUGAAUUAAGAGUUUGUAAUGUGCUGGUAUUUUUAGUUUCACAAGUAUUCAGACAGAGGUCAGAAUGAAAGUGUUUUGGAUUAUUUGUUCUUUAAAUUAUGAAUGAGAGUCAUUGUAGAGAAGUUGUCAUGGUUUAGUUAUGUUGUUAUAUACAUGAAGUUUUUGAAUAAUAAUAUUUUUUAAAUGAUACUAUUAAAAAAUGUCCUAUGUUGUUCUGUUUUUUAAAGAUAAUUUUAUUGAAUCAACAGGGAAAGUCACGCUGCUUCCACCAGUUUUAAUUUAGUACAACCCUAGCCAGAAAUGUGUUAAGUUCGUAGUUUAGGCAUAAAAUGCAAUGUUAGUAGAAAAAUUGAAUAUUGAUCAUGGAAAGUUUACCAUGAGGUCAUUAUUUGUGGUAAAUAGCUAUUGUAGUUCAGCUCUUUACUUUUCUUGUCUUUUAUGAAGAAAAUUUGUUAGUGCUAAAGGCAAGUUUGUUAUUUAAAAAUACAUCAAUAGUCCAGUGUAAUGGAAUGUUUAACCCUUUCCACGCCAACAUCCGUGUGACACGGACGUCACGAAUUUGUUUUUGUAAUUUGUUAUAGUACAUCAGAUCGGCAUGAUAUUCGAUCUAAUGAUUGUCUGUUAGUUGCUUUAUAUGCUUAUAACGAUUUAAUACUCUGUGGAGUCUUUACUUCGGUGGUAUUUGUGUUUUAUUUCAGCCGUGCGGCAGUUGGAUUACUUGUCACAGUCGAGGUUGCGCUGCCGAUCGUACUUUUUGUUUACACGUCGUGUUUUAUACAGUUCUUUCGUUUUUAUAACUGGUUUAUUGUUGUUUUAUACUUAGUAAAAUGAGUAAAAGAAAGUGGGAUAGGUCACCGGCGAGUGAAAAUACGCUGUUUAGUGGAUUAGUUGAAGCCGGAUUUAACGUUUUGGAAGACGAACUAAGUGACGAUUUUGUUGACAACAUUUCACAAUCAGAGGAUUCCAGUGCCGAAAUUGUAUAAUUAGGUUAAGAAUUAUAUAUACUUUAGUGUUGUGUAACUGAAAAGCACCAAAUAUUUUUUUGAAAAUCGCUUAAGUGUGCAAAAAAAUGCAUUUUACAAAUUAAAAAAUAUUUUUUUAGUGUAACUUUUUUAUUACAAACAAAAACUAAUAAUAAAAUAAAACCCAUUUUAUUUUAAAGAUAAUUUACUAAGAAAAAGAACAGUACAAAAAUCAUUAAGAUAUGUUGAAAAAUAAAAAACAUUAGGGUUUAUUAUGAAACCUUGCGGAGAGGGUGAAAAAUGCCUUAGCGUUUUUGGCUGGUACUUAUAGAAAAUGGGCUGGCGUGCAAAGGGUUAAGAUUUUCCCAUAUGUUUAAUGUAAACAUGUAUAAGAGCUAAUUUUCUUUGUGUGAAAAGGUAUAAACUUGAGCUUGUCAUUACUAUAAUGCUAAAAAGAGGCAGACUUAUUAAAUUUGUCCUUAUUUGCA